GGUCCUCCUCGUAGUUUCCGCUCUUCUCCUCCUCCUCCUCUUCAUCACUGCUGCUCUCUUAAUAAGAACCAUCUCAUUCCGAUAACAAACAGCCUUCAAUUCACUCCUACUCUACAAUGGAGAGUUUUGCAAUUCACUCUCCAUCUUCCUCCUAUCGCCUGUCUCUGCACCGCCGUCCACGUCAAUCCAUCCUAGCCAAAUCCCCGCCGCACUUCUUUACCUCCACCCCACCUUUGCCCCCACUAGCAGUCUCCUCCGCCGCCGCCCGAUUACCACUUGUUUCCACCCACCGUACUGUAUCUCCAUUCAAUCUCGAUUCUUUUUCAAAACCCAACAGAACCACCCUCUUCAAAACAACAACAAUAAUCAAAUCUUCCGCGUCAGAUAAAAGCAAUGCCGUUGAAUCACCAAAAGUCCAGCAAUCUCAAGGUGUUAAAAUCAUCCCUCUUAUAAUAUCAGUCUCAAUCGGUUUAAUCGUCCGGUUAUUCGUACCCAAGCCGACGGAGGUUACUAUGCAAGCUUGGCAAUUGCUUUCGAUUUUUCUCUCCACGAUUGCCGGUCUUGUUCUCAGUCCUUUACCAGUCGGGGCUUGGGCUUUUCUCGGUCUUACGACCUCCAUAGUCACUCAGACCUUGACCUUCUCAACUGCUUUCAGUGCUUUUACUAACGAAGUCAUUUGGUUGAUUGUGAUAUCUUUCUUCUUCGCUCGUGGGUUUGUCAAAACCGGAUUGGGUGACAGAAUCGCAACAUACUUUGUGAAAAUGUUGGGGAAAAGUACAUUGGGUUUGUCUUACGGAUUAACAUUCAGUGAGGCUUUAAUUGCUCCGGCAAUGCCGAGCACAACUGCUAGGGCCGGCGGUGUGUUCUUGCCCAUUAUCAAAUCAUUGUCUCUAUCUGCUGGAAGUAAACCAGGUGACCCAUCUUCGAAGAAGCUUGGUUCUUACUUAAUUCAAUCUCAGUUUCAGUCUGCUGGUAAUUCUAGUGCACUUUUCCUAACUGCUGCAGCUCAAAACCUACUUUGUUUAAAACUAGCUGAGGAGCUUGGUGUUGUCAUUGCAAACCCAUGGGUUUCAUGGUUUAAGGCAGCUAGUUUACCUGCACUUGUUUGUCUUCUAGCUACUCCUCUUGUUCUUUACAAGCUUUUCCCUCCUGAAACCAAAGACACCCCAGAUGCCCCAGCCAUGGCUGCUAAGAAACUCGAUCUAAUGGGCCCUGUCACUAAAAAUGAAUGGGUCAUGGUUUCUACUAUGCUUCUCGCCGUCUCCUUAUGGGUUUGCGGAGAUGCUCUUGGGAUACCAAGUGUGGUAACUGCCAUGAUUGGCUUAUCAUUACUCUUGCUACUUGGAGUUCUUGAUUGGGACGACUGUCUAAGCGAAAAAUCGGCUUGGGAUACUUUGGCUUGGUUUGCAGUUCUUGUGGGAAUGGCAGGCCAGCUGACAAACCUGGGUAUAGUUAGCUGGAUGUCGGGUUGUGUUGCCAAAUUGCUUCAAUCUUUCUCUUUGAGCUGGCCGGCUGCAUUUGUUGUUCUUCAGGCAGCUUAUUUCGGCAUCCAUUACUUAUUCGCUAGUCAAACAGGUCAUGUCGGAGCUUUAUACUCCGCAUUUCUAGCUAUGCAUCUUGCUUCAGGUGUACCUGGUGUCCUUGCCGCUUUAGCUUUAGCUUACAAUACAAAUUUGUUUGGAGCUUUAACACAUUAUAGUAGUGGACAGGCUGCUGUAUAUUAUGGAGCGGGUUAUGUUGAACUUCCAGAUGUUUUCAGGAUUGGCUUCAUUAUGGCUAUUGUCAAUGCUACAAUCUGGGGAGUUGUAGGAACCUUUUGGUGGAAGUUCUUGGGGCUGUAUUGAAUACUCAUAUACUGUCAUGAGCUUUCAACUUCUUGUUAAGAUAAUUACAACUGUGAUAUGUGUAACUGAAUCCGUCGAGUUUACUGAUAAACUCGUGUAUUUCAUUUUGGAAAUACCAUUUCGGUCAUAUUUCUCAAACAGAGUGUUUAUGAACUUAGUGUGACAGAUUUAAUUUAUUGGCAAUUUCUCUAUUCAAAUACUAAAGUGUUUUCAACUA